CAAAUUCUUCGGCGCAGCAGUUCGAAAGUUUUGAUGUAGGUAAAAAGGUAAUUGAUAAGGUUCCAUUGCACGAAGGAAGUUCAGUGUACAUUGCGAUGAGAGAUCUUGUUACAAUUUACACAUCGAAACCUGCGUUGUACACGAGCCGACUAAUCGACCUGAUGUUUGGUGAGGAUACCCUGCGUGCAAGCUGUCUUGAUAAUUCGGAAAAGGGUGAUACUAACUUGGUCCCGCUUGAUCAAAAUAUUCUGGAAUCAGUAUUAACUCACAUCGUUCACGUCUUUCAACAUCAGAAGCAAGAAAUUACGUACGGAAUGGUGAAAAAUUUCAUUCGGAACCGUUUGGAUCUGUUGCGAACAAAUAUUGGCAGUGGUAGCAUUUUUAUUACAAAAAAACCGGCGACGCGUGUGUCCCGCGCCAAACGGUAACUGUAGAAGGUGAUUUUCAGUUAUCGAUAGUAUCAAAUGGCGAAGCUGAACAACAAGAAGGUUGAUCAAUGAAUAAAGUUAUA